AUACAGCUUGAGAUUACCCUACAAAGAUUCAACCACUUAUUGAAGAAGUCAAUAGAAUGAAGAGUAGCUGUUAUAUCAGUUAUCCGAUAAAUAUUAUUUGACUAUAAAUUAUUAUAAGAAUCUUGUUGAGUUUGGUUUAAUUUCUUUUAAAUAUAGGAAUUAUAAUAUAAGUUGUUUAGUUGUUACAAAAUUAUAAAUAAGCAAUUCUGUGGAUGAGAUUCAGGAAUAUAGAUAUGGGUCAACUCUCACGACGUAUAACUUAUUUAUUUUUUCAUUUCGGGAUGAAUUCGCGUUAGCCUCAAAAAAGACUAUUGAUUGUGAUCAAUAUUAAAACAUCAAAUUUUUAUAAAAAUCAUCAUUCUUCAAUUCUUUCAAAUCUAAAAUCGAUGAUUAUUCUCAAAAUGGUAUUUACUAUUAUCAACAGUCAGAAUAUCUGGUAAUUUAAUUUUCUGUUAUGUUGUUCCGACUGUAAAUUCGUCAGUCCUUUUUGUGGUUCGACAGCUGUGUUUGGUGGCUCUCCGGCUCAAGUGUGGACCGUAUGAAGAGAAUUUUAGGAUAGGAUACGAAAUAGAUUUGAUCGAUGGCAGGAUUACUUCGAACCUCUCGGUGUGGCAUUUCUAAAUCAGUGAUAAGGAACGCAUCAAAGUUAUUUUAUGAUACCGGAUCCAAGAUACGAUUUGUGGUGACCGAACGAUUCUUCUUCCAAGGGCAAUCAGUACUGUGCAGGAGUCGACCAAUUGUUUGCACUGCUCAUAAAUCAUUAUUCUUCAACUCGAAUGACAAGUGGAAUGUUGGUGGAACGAGGAAGUUCAGAUGUUCAACUAAUCUUUAUGGCGAAGUGAAAACAGUAACAGUUCCACCAUUUGCUGAAUCUGUCAGUGAAGGAGAUAUCAGGUGGACAAAAGCUGUUGGCGAUGCAGUUAUUGAAGAUGAAGUCGUUUGUGAAAUUGAAACUGAUAAGACAUCUGUUCCUGUACCAUCUCCUGGAGCUGGAGUGAUCACGGAAAUCAUUGUUGAGGAUGGAACCACUGUUAAGGCUGGCCAACCGAUUUUCAAGAUCGAAUUGGGAGCUGCAGGUGCUUCGAAGCCAGCGGCAGCCGCCAAACCGGCACCUGAGAAGCCAGCCGCUGCUGCUGCCCCUCCACAGCCGCCGCUGCCACCCCCCACCCCAUCAGCUGCCGCCCAUCCGCCGCCUCCACCACCACCUCCCUCCCCAUCAGCUGCCGCCCCCCCUCCGCCCGCCGCGCCCGUCUCCUCCAUUCCAGUAGCGGCCAUUCGGCAUGCGCAGGCCAUUGAGGCGGCCACUGUCAAGGUGCCGCCACAGGACCCGACGAAGGAGAUAGCGGGCACGCGCACCGAGCAGCGCGUCAAGAUGAACCGCAUGCGCCUGCGCAUCGCACAGCGACUCAAGGACGCGCAGAAUACAAACGCUAUGCUCACCACCUUUAACGAGCUCGACAUGAGUGCAAUCAUGGAAUUCAGGAAAGCAAAUCAGGAAGCAUUCCAGAAGAAGCAUGGCAUCAAGCUUGGAUUCAUGUCGGCUUUCGUGAAAGCGGCGGCAUUCGCGCUACAAGACCAGCCUGUCGUCAAUGCUGUCAUUGACGGCAACGACAUUGUUUACAGAGAUUACAUUGACAUCUCUGUUGCAGUGGCAACACCAAAGGGCCUGGUGGUGCCAGUGCUGCGAAACGUAGAGAACAUGACGUAUGCGGACAUCGAGAAGGGCAUCAACGCACUGGGCGAGAAGGCGCGGAAAGGGGCGUUGGCUGUGGAGGACAUGGAUGGCGGCACUUUCACCAUCAGCAAUGGGGGCGUUUUCGGCUCCCUGAUGGGCACGCCCAUUAUCAACCCACCGCAGUCGGCCAUCCUUGGCAUGCAUGCCACCUUCGAGAGGCCUGUUGCUAUCAAGGGACAGGUUGUUAUAAGGCCUAUGAUGUACAUAGCCCUGACUUACGACCACCGUCUGAUUGAUGGCCGUGAGGCGGUGUUGUUCUUGAGAAAGAUCAAAGCAGCAGUAGAAGAUCCCAGAAUCAUAGUUUGUGGUUUAUAAUUGAUUAACCAUUUAGCAAAAGAGAAAAAUGAAUCUGAACGUUGAAAAGCCGCAUCGAUGAACUCGAUUUGUUCUAUUAAUUGCUUUAAUUUAUUUAAAAAAGUUGUUGAUGGCUCUGAUCAUCAAGAGUAUUACAGAAUAAAAUAUUCCGAGGUGAACGUAUUAUUAUCGUUACUUGCUCUAGUUUUCACUUGGUUUUACGAGAACUUCUCCAUGGCUAUUGUACUGUUUUAAAACUUGCACAGUAAACCAAGUCUAUCUGCACCUACAUUAGUAAGUGAAACUUUAGGUACCGUACUAAUAAUCACACAUGUUUUCAUCUCAAUUAUAAGCUGUUUAAAUAGUAAAUAUUGAUUUUUUGAUGCGAAAAACGAUAAUGUAAUAUCUAUUCUCUAGGAUAGUAUGCAUCUAACAUUGUGGUAAUAUGGAUCAAAGUUAGCUUGGUAAAAUAAUGCUCCCUAUUAAACAGUAUUUUCAAUUAUACGCUGUAAUAUAAUUGAAUAACUAAUUUAUUUCCACCACAUUCAUAUUGAACGAAAUUAGACAUUUUUGUCUAAAUGUUGUUUGAAUUUAUUUAUUGUUAUUUAAUUGUAGAGAACGGUAUUGUAUUAUAUGUUCAUAAAGUACGGCUUUACUCUUAA